AUGAGCUCGCCGCAGAAGAAGACCGCCGCCGCAACAGAGGGUAACCUCUCUGUUGCUCAGUACCAUGAGCGCCAGCAGGCAAAGCGCGACGCGCUCGCUGCAAAGGCCGCGUCGGGGACAACCCAGCCGGAGAUUGUCCUCGAAGGUUCUGCUGUAGUCAACGACGUCGUUGACUACGAGGACGGCGACGUGGAGAUGGAAGAGGGCGAAACCUCUUCUAGCAAGCGCAAGGAGUCUAUCGACAGCGAUAGAAACGACUCGGACGCUUCGAGCUCGAAGCGUUCGCGCGGCGAGAGCGAAACUCCGCUCUCCGCUGCUGGGGCUUUAAGCUCCCCACAGAUCGCAGACCGUGUGGGCAACACUGUGCCUCCAAACGAAAUCCCGCUGUAUGUAUGCAGCGGUAUCCACGACGAUGCUGUUGCGGAGGAGCAGCACUUUGAUCCGUUAACGAAUCAAAGGCGCGAUUAUUACAUCGUGCUCUUCCACGAGCUCCGAUACUUCUCCAGCAAGAAGACUUCUUCUCGCAGCAGAGUGCCUGAAUGGCAGGCACUCUGUCAAAGUUGGAACGCUUUUGUUGGGAACUUCAACAAGAAGCCGGCUGCUUACCGCGAGCGGGUUAAGCAUGCCCGUGAACGCUUCGAGACCUUCUCGACGCGCAGCUCCACAGAUCCUCUGUGGACGCUGGUAUUCCAUGCGCUGUGCCCGAAGACCAACAGUGCACGUUGUGUCUUCCAGGAUCUCCGUGCCAAGUUCUUGGCACGCGAGAAACGUGGCGAUCGUGGGACUUCGGGCGCUGUAGGUGACUACAGCGCUCGCACUACCUUCGUGUCGGCAGUGUGUGGUGAGCUUCGUACGCCCUCACCAUUUCCGGAACGUCCUGCAGCAGGAUGUCCCGCGGCUCCCAUGUAUCUUGGUGGGGCGGAAACCCUCUCCAACGAAUACGAUAACGAACCGGCUGCCGGUUCGUUUUCGGGAUACUAUGGUUCACAAUACGCUCAACAAUCCAGCGUAUUGAGCCGCGGGCGUCGCGGAUUGGAGGCGGCGGUAGUGGGAACACGCCCCGGGUAUGGUCAACCUGGGGUUGGCCUUGGCCCAACGCUCCAGGAGCGGGUCGCUGCUGUGGAACAGCAUCAGAGCCGGGAGUUCGCCGCUCUGAAGCAGGAGGUGGUGAUCCUGAGGGCUCAAGUCGCUCAGGGUUCGCAGACCGCGUCGGACAUCUUUGUCGACGUGGGAGAUCGCGUCGCACGCUUGGCCCAGCGCGUUCACGCGUUGGAGCAGAGGUUCGCUCCCGCUGGGGCUUCCGCUUCGAGCCAGCCGAGCUAG